GAGCCGAACAGGUGUAGCUGUUGGAGCCGCCGGGGGUUCCCGGGAGGGAGGGAGGGAAUCCGUCACUCAGUCGGUCCGUCACUCAGUCAGGCCGGGAAAGAGGAAGGACGGAGGGCAACAUGUCUCGCUACACCAGGCCCCCCAACACCUCCCUGUUCGUCAGGAACGUCGCGGAUGCCACCAGGCCUGAGGACUUGCGACGUGAAUUUGGUCGAUAUGGCCCUAUAGUAGACGUAUACAUUCCACUUGACUUCUACACUCGCCGCCCAAGAGGAUUUGCUUACGUACAAUAUCCUUUAUUUCACUCUCUAGUCAUAUUUGAAGAUGUCCGUGAUGCAGAAGAUGCUCUUUAUAACCUCAAUAGAAAGUGGGUAUGUGGUCGUCAAAUUGAAAUACAGUUUGCACAAGGUGAUCGCAAAACACCAGGCCAAAUGAAAUCAAAAGAACGCCACCCUUGUUCUCCAAGUGAACAUAGAAGAUCAAGAAGCCACAGCAGAAGGACUCGAAGUAGAAGUUCUUCAUGGGGAAGAAGCCGGAGACGAUCUGAUAGCCUUAAAGAGUCUCGCCGUAGGGGACUUUCUUAUAGCCGAUCUAAAUCUCGAUCUAACUCAUUAACAAGGCAUUCUACCUCAGGAAGGAAAUCAAGAUCCCCUAGAAGAAAUUCUAGUUCUAGACGACGGUCAAGAUCUGAGUCCUUACAAAAAAGGACCACAUCUGUGGGAAAGUCACAGUCAAGUUCACCUCAGAGGCAGACCACCUCAGGGGCAAAAUCAAGAUCAGGUGGAAGACAUUUUGAUUCACUAGCAAGAUCCCCAUCAAAAUCUCCCCAAAGACACACAAAUUCUGAAACUAAAGCACAGUCUCGGAGCUACCAUCAUAAAAACAAUUGGUGAAACAGCAUCAGAAGAUCUCCACACAUACUUAGACUUUCAUUUUGAAGACAGAACUUUUGUUAAAAAUUCUUCACAGUUGUAAUGUGGGCCAAUAUUAUUUUGGGCAUAUACAUGUAGUAAAAUAUAUCUUUCUUUGGAUUAUUAGAUUUGGCCUCAUCAUCCCUGCAGACACUAUAAAUAAUGUUAUGUUUAGUUUUGUGCUAAAUGAGAUGCUGUAGUCA